AUGUUCGCUAGACGGGCCCUCCAGACGCUCCCCUCCAAGAGGUCAUAUGCCACCAUCCAGUCGGACAUUUUCAAGCCCACCAAGUUUGGUGGCAAGUACACCGUCACUCUGAUUCCAGGUGACGGAAUUGGUGCCGAGGUCUCUGAAUCAGUAAAGACCAUCUUCAAGGCCGACAAUGUACCCGUCGAGUGGGAACAGAUUGACGUGUCCGGCAUGGAGCACGGCGGCAAGCACUCCGAGGAGCUCUUCYGCGAGUCGAUCGCGUCGCUGAAGCGCAACAAGCUCGGACUGAAGGGAAUCCUACACACACCUGUCCACCGCUCCGGCCACCAGUCUUUCAACGUUGCCCUGCGACAGGAACUCGACAUCUACGCUUCGAUUGUCCUCAUCAAGAACAUCCCCGGCUACGAGACUCGUCACAAGAACGUCGACUUGUGCAUCAUCCGUGAGAACACUGAGGGAGAGUACUCUGGUCUCGAGCAUCAGUCCGUGCCCGGUGUCGUCGAGAGCUUGAAGAUCAUCACCCGCGCCAAGUCGGAGCGUAUCGCCAAGUUUGCCUUUUCUUUCGCCCUCGCCAACAACCGCCGCAAGGUCACUUGCAUUCACAAGGCCAACAUCAUGAAGCUCGCUGAUGGUCUGUUCCGCAACACCGUCCGCAAGAUUGGCGAGGAGUACCCCACGAUUGAGACCAACGACAUGAUUGUCGACAACGCCUCCAUGCAAUGUGUCUCCAAGCCCCAGCAAUUCGAUGUGAUGGUCAUGCCCAACUUGUAUGGUGGUAUUCUCUCCAACAUUGGCGCUGGUCUAGUUGGUGGUCCAGGCAUUGUACCUGGCUGCAACAUGGGUCGUGAGGUUGCCGUUUUCGAGCCAGGCUGCCGUCACGUCGGUCUUGACAUUCAGGGCAAAGACCAGGCAAACCCCACCGCGCUUAUCCUAUCCGGAUCGAUGAUGUUGAGACAUCUUGGACUUGACGACCACGCCAACCGCAUCUCCAAGGCCGUAUACGAUGUCAUUGCCGAGGGCAAGACACGAACACGCGAUAUGGGCGGUAUGAGCACGACUCACGAAUUCACGCGCGCCGUGUUGGACCACAUGGAGGCUUCAGGAUAG